UUUGUUUUGCAGAUAUUUUUUUUUCUUUUAGUUGUAACGUUUCAUUAAAAAAAAUUAAAAUAAAAAAAAAUGGCUGCUCCUAAUUCACUUGAUUUACAAGAUGUUGGCUUCAUCUUUGUUCGCGAGUAUUAUACAUUUUUACACAAGAAACCUUACAGACUUCAUGCCUUUUACAGUGAUGAUUCCAUCUUUGUUAGAGGCGAUGAAGGCACCGACCCCGUCAAUGUGAAGGGCAAAGAAGAAAUUCGCAAAAAGAUUGAAGCUUGUCAUUUUGAGGAUUGUAAAGUUCUGGUGACCCAAGUGGAUAGUCAAGGUUCUGCCGAUAAUGGCAUCCUCGUUCAAGUCCUGGGUGAAAUGUGUAACGGCAACGGUCCAUCUCAAAAAUUCAGUCAAACCUUCUUUUUAGCCACUCAACCCAAUGGUUACUAUAUCUUGAAUGAUAUCUUUCGUUUCCUUAAAGACGAGGUUGAGAUUGAUUAUUAUACCUGUGAAGACGACACGAAACACAAUACGGAGACUCUUGUCAUUGAUAUGCCUACAGUCAAUCACCAACAAGUGGAAGAGGAACGUAGACUCGAACAACUUCGUUUAGAUCAAUUAAAAGAGGAGGAGGAAAGAAAACAAGAAGCAUUAAAGAAGGAAGAGGAGGAAAGAAAGAAGAGAGAGGAAGAUGAAUUAAAGAAACAAGAGGAAGCUUUGAUCAAAAAACAAGAACAUUUAAGAAAGGAGCAAGAAGCUACUGCUGCCGCUGCUGCUGCCGCUGCAACUGCUGCUAAAAAGUUAGAGGAAGAAAAUGCCAGAAAAGAGGAAGAGCAAGCCAAGAAAGAGGAAUUGGCAAAGAAAGAAAAGGAAGCAAAACCUAGCCUCGAUCAUAACAAGAAGGAGGAAGGUGUCGUUGAAGAAAAGAAAAAGUCUUCAAAGGCAGACAAGGGAAAGAAGGAUCAACAAAGAAAGGAGCAUAAGGCUGCCGCUGCUGCCGCUGCUGCUGCUGCUGCUACCAACGGUACUGCUACCCCUCCCACCACCACCGCCCCCACAGCACCUACCUCUUGGGCUGCUUUGACUGCUGCUGCUGCUGCUGCACCCCCACCUGCGUCCCCUGUUACAGGCACAGUAACACCCACACCUGCUGCACCAUCUCCCCUUCCGGCCGUUGCUACCGUAGAAGCACCUGUUACCCCUUCUACCAAUACCAACAACCCCGAUAAAGCUCCUCAACAACAACAACAACAACAACAGCAACAUCAACAGCAUCAAAAGUCUCAAGCACAAAAUGGGUCUAAAAAAGAAACUACUCACAUUUUUGUCAAGAACGUGACAGAUGCUAUUACAGAAGAACAAUUGGCAGAAGCCUUCAAUAAGAUUGGUCCUGUCAAAUCAUGCAACAUUUCACGUAGUCGUAACUGUGGAUUUUUAGAAUUUGAACAAUUGGAAUCUGCACAAAAGGCUUUGGCUCAAAAUAGAGUGUCUGUUGGUUCCUAUAUCGUGCUUGCUGAAGAACGUCGCUUUAAUAGCGGUCCUAGAAAUAAUUAUGGACGUCCCCAGCAAUCUUAUAAUGAUCGUAGACCAAAUACCAACAACAAUAAUAAUAAUAAUAAUAAUCGUCGUGGUGGAGGAGGUGCUAACGGAGGACCCAACAAUGGUCCAUCUCGUGUGAAUAAUAAUCAACCUGGUAAAGGCAGAGGUGCUCCUACUCCCAAAUAAUAAGUAAAAACACACACACACACACAAGAUAUACAUUAUUUAGAUUAUAUAUAAAACAAAAGGACAAAAAAUAAAAGUAUAUUUCGAACUGUAAAAAAAAAA